ACUGUCAAAAGAAGUCAAAUUCUGCAUGUAAUCAAUAACAACCAGCACCUCAGUCUCCAUAAUAAUAAUAAUUUUUGCUGGUUCAAGUCCUGUGGGCUGUGACUGUCUCAUGGUGCUUUUAACCCUGCUUGGAAUUUCAUACGCCGCGGGCAUUUCCAAUCGUGCUUGGAGUUAAAUUUUGGCUCCCCUUGUCAAACUGUGACUCUCUAGCUCUAAGGAGGAAGCAGUCUCACUUUUGCCUUCCUUUGCUGUAGGUCAUUUUCAAUUUUCACUGGCGAUUCUGCAGGUCGACAAAAAUGACGAAAGCCGAGGAUGCUACAUCGGCGUGUGCUUCAAGGUCAAGUGAAAAGCCAAAGAAACUGCAGCGGGAUGCGGCGCAUGACAGUGGGAAAAAUAACGCCGGAAUGUGGUGGACUUUAUUUGGACUGAUUUUAAUCGCAACGGCUGCAACUCGCUUCUACAAGCUCGAUCAACCUGACCAUAUUUGCUGGGAUGAAACUCAUUUUGGAAAAUUUGGAGGCUACUACAUCAACCGAACUUUCUUUUUCGAUGUUCAUCCCCCACUUGGCAAGAUGCUUAUUGGCCUUUUUGGUUAUCUGGACGGGUACAACGCUACUUUUGCCUUUGAGAAACCUGGAGACAAAUAUGAAGAUUAUCCUUACAUGGGAAUGCGAGCGGGUUGUGCCAUAAUGGGAGCUCUUUUGGUCCCUCUUUCCUUUUUGACUGUGUGGGAAAUGACUUUUUCCCUUUCAGCUGCUACUUUUGCUGGCAUUUCAAUUCUUUUAGACCAUGGUAUGCUUACGCUGAAUCGAUACAUUUUAUUGGAUCCUCCUCUGCUAUUCUUCAUAUCUGCUUCCGUCUACGCCACAGUCAAGUUCCACAAUCAACGUGAUCGGGCUUUUAGUUUUCCCUGGUGGUUCUGGCUGUCGGCUACAGGGGCCAUGUUGGUUGGUUCAGUUGCCGUCAAAUUCGUCGGUGUCUUUGUUGUUUUUCUUGUCGGAUUCCGAGCCAUCGCAGAUCUUUGGGAAAUUCUUGGCGAUCUCUCACGUCCUGUGAGUUACACCGUCAAACAUUUUAUGGCGAGGGCGUUAUGUUUGAUUGCGUUUCCAGUCGUACUAUAUAUGGGCAUUUUCUACAUCCAUCUACAAGUUUUGUACCUGAGUGGCCCGGGUGAUGGAUACUUCAGCUCCGCCUUCCAAACACAUCUCGAAGGAAAUUUUCUGCAUAAUGCUAGCACACCUCGCGAAGUGGCUUAUGGAUCUUUGCUGACCUUGAAAAACAGCGUUACUGGUGGUGGAUAUUUGCAUUCACACAUGCAUCUCUACCCCGCUGGAGUUGGAGCUAAGCAACAGCAAGUCACGACUUAUUCUCAUAAAGAUGGUAAUAAUCGGUGGUUCAUCAAGAAAUUCAACAAACCUACGCCGCUUUGGAACAGUUCCGAUCCUAUUGAACUUGUGCGCAACGGUGACUUGAUCCGGCUUGAACAUCGUCCAACAAGGCGUAAUUUGCAUUCCCAUAAAGAACCGGCCCCGGUUUCUCGAAAACAUUAUCAAGUCACAGGAUAUGGAGAAAAUGGAACAGGCGAUGCUAAUGAUGUUUGGCGCUUAGUCAUUGAAAGCGGAGCUGAAAAUGAACCAUUGGAAACUAUGCGUCACAAGUUCAAACUUGUUCACUACCUACAGAAUUGUGUUCUCUCAACCACUAAAAAGACGCUGCCCAAAUGGGGUUAUGAACAACAAGAGGUCACUUGCAAUCCUAAUCUCCGCGAUGGGGCUGCCGUUUGGAACGUAGAAGACAAUCGUUUUCCCCGCCUGCCCAACGUUUCGUUCAGCGCCUACAAACUUAACUUCCUUCAACGCUUCCUCGAAGCUCAUGCUGUCAUGUUCAGUGGAAAUGCCGGUCUCAAACCCAAAGAUGGUGAAUUGACCUCAAGACCUUGGAUGUGGCCCAUCAAUCUGAGAGGUCAAUUUUUCUCAGCUGGUGAAGGAGUCAAAAUUUAUCUCUUGGGUAAUCCAAUCAUCUGGUGGAGCAAUUUAGUUUUUAUGGGCUUUUACUUGACACUUUUUGCCGUCAAGUCUAUUCGAGAUAGGAGGGGUAUCAUUUCGUCUCCUCAACAAUUGGCGUUGCAGGAAAGAGCUCUGUCUGCGUGCGGAUGGCUCUACAUUGGAUGGUUGUUGCACUAUGUCCCAUUUUGGGGUAUGGGUCGUAUUCUUUAUUUCCAUCAUUAUUUCCCUGCUUUGCUGUUUUCCAGCAUGAUGUCAGGAGUCGUUAUUGACUAUUUGGUAGAAUCGAUUCCGGAGCUCCUACCAUCCGGAAUACGAAACAGUGCUUACCACAUGCUAGUUGGUGUGAUCGUCUCAGCACUUGUCUACAGCUUUUACUUGUUUGCCCCGCUCACCUACGGAAUGAGUAGCGGACCUUCAACCGAGCCCAACUCAACAAUGCACGGAAUGCGUUGGCUUGAAACCUGGGAAUUUUAAGAAUGAUCGACGAAUUCACUUUUUUAAAAUGGCAGUUUUCUUUCAUGCCCAUAACCCUGUGAAUCUCUUAAUUUUUAUCUUGAACAACUUCUUUGUUUAGCAUAGUUGGUAUCCGGUUUAAACAUAAUUAAACACCAUCACAAGUU